CCUACCCUAAGGACCCAAGCAUGGCUAUGCUAGCUGAGCAACGCAGGAAACGUAAGUGGUCUGUUGACCCCAGGAACAGCGCUUGGAGCAAUGACGACUCCAAAUUUGGCCAAAAGAUGCUGGAGCGAAUGGGCUGGUCCAAGGGCAAAGGACUUGGGAGGAGUGAGCAAGGCUCAACAGACCACAUCAAAGUAAAAGUUAAAAACGAUAACCACGGGCUUGGGGCUAACGCCAGUCAUGAGGACAACUGGAUUGCUCAUCAAGAUGAAUUUAAUGAGCUCCUUGCUCAGCUGAACAACCACCAUGGUCAAAACAACGAAGCUCCAUCUGAUGAGAGAGGUUUCAGCUUGGAGGAGAAAUCUAAGACGGCCAAAAAGAGGGUCCAUUACAUGAAAUUCACCAAAGGAAAGGACUUGUCCUCUCGUAGUGAAACAGACCUCAACUGUAUCUUUGGGAAGAGGACAAAAUCUGCCAACGACCAAGAGCAGGAGAGCAGCAAACAUAAUUCUUCAGAUGAGUCGGAGGCGAGUGGGACGACUCCUCCCGAACAGGACGCAGAGCUCAUCACCAAGACUGUGACCAGUUCUCUGAGCAUGCAGGAGUAUUUUGCACAGCGAAUGGCCCAGCUGAAGAAAUCUCGUGGAGCUGAAACUACAGCACCUUCAGCGGAUGACCCAACUCAAGAACUCAGUCUGGUCAACAGCGGCAGUGGUCAUGCAGAAGAACCUAAAAAGAAAAAGAAGAAGAAGAACAAAAAGCUUGUGGAAGUGGUAGAAGAUGAGUCCGCUGCCCUCAUCGUAGUAGAUGACACAAACAUGGACAAAGAGAAAUCAAGGAAGAAGAGAAAACUUACAGAUCUUGACAGUAAUGCAAACGAGAACUGUAGCUUUGUUCUGGAGGAGAAAUGUCAAGAACUGUGUUCUUCAAAGAAUAAAAAACUCAAAAAGCGUGCCAAGAAAGGAGAGCUUUUAAAUGGACAUGAUAAAACUGUAGAAUGUGAGCUCAUACAGGAUGAGAAGAAUAACCACAAAGAGGUCGAUGUAGAAGAAGAAUGUAAUGAGCCGGUCGUCAAGAAAUCUAAAAAGAAGAAAAGAAAGAAGAACCAUUAAGAGUAACAUGAAUCUCAGGGUUAAGAUUGAUUUGUCUCACUUUUUAAAAACUUAUUUUGCAAUUCAAAUGUCUUGACUAUGAACACGACUAUAAAGCUGUUCAUUAGAAAUAUUCAAAUGAAAUUA